GAUGCUGACAUGGAUGCAUGCCAUGUCGAGAACCAACAAACAGGACAGUACAAUGAAGUCCGUAUGAGCAAUUUGGAGUCCGACAUUCGUGAACUGAAGGAAAUGAUGAAGCAAGUUCUCCACAACCAAACAGAUUUAAUGGAGAUGUUGCGACAUUUCGAAGGCAAGCAAGUUGUUCGCAAUGACAAGGUGGAAGGCAAUGAUGUGUGUAUCAUUAACCUCUCCUCCAAUGUUGCUCAACUGAAGGACAUGCUGAAGCAACUGCUUCAACGUUUCAGUUUGGGCUGCAACGAACCGUUCACUGAACAAACCAAUUUACGUGAACUGAAGCAAAUGCUACACCACCUCAUCGAAGGUAUAUUCUCUACACCGCAACCGGCAGGCGUGGCCAAACAGGGUGUGGACCCUGCUGUUGGAGUUGAGGCGCAUGAGGAUGGCGUGGUCAAACCAUCGGACGAAGUUAACCCAAUGGAGUGUAAUAUUUCAGAUGUACAAGGGGUGGAUCACCAACAACAUAUUUUGAAGGGAACCUUGGCAAGGGACAAAAGUCAUUUGCAUGAUGGGCAUAAGCUGAACAUCGAAGAAGGUGGGGACAACAACAAGAAGGGAGGCCUUCAGUCAGGGGAAACAUAUGAAACUGAAGAUAAAUACAGUCCUGACCUUCAGUCAGUGGGCGUGAAGAACGUGGCGUGCGAUGUGCAUACUUCUCCUACUAAGCUUGGCAAACCAUUGGGAGCAACUGUAAUCGUUAGAGGAAGUGCAAAGGGAAGACGAAAAGGAAAAGGAAAAGGAAAAAUGUGCGAAAGUGGAGUUCAAGCCACUGAGGUCGGGGAUAUGCAAUUGUGCAUCGAUAGCAAAACAAAUAGUGGAGUUGACGACAGUAGUUCACCUAUGGAUGUUGAUGGUGUGGACAACGUGAACAAGGACUCGUUGACGAUGUUGGACAGCGAAGGGUUGUUAUCGGCGGAGGAACAAAAACUUCUUCACUAUGUAUUUGACGAUAGCAAAAAUGAAAUGGACAUUGUUGUUUCCAUGAAUCUUCAUGGACGGGCAUGUGAAGUUGGCACCCGGCGUGACAUGCGCACGCUCAAACCAGGGUCGUGGCUAUCCGACACUCCAAUCAACUUGGUGGUGGUGCAAUUGACUAAUCGACAGAGGGAUUUACACAAUGACGGGAGGCACACUGAUUGGUUCUUUCCCGUAUAUCUACUUUGAUUCUAAAUAAAGAUACGCAACCUCUGCACCAUGAAAAUAUCGUCACAUCAUUUUUCGGACAUGACAGAU